UCCGCUAGGUGGUAUCGAGUCUCAUGUUUAUGUUUUUGAAUGUGAGUUUGCGCCAGAAGGAAAUAGAAUUAAACGUUUCGUACUUUUGUUAAGUUUAUAAGUCGGUUCGUCUUUGGUUUAAUAAUGUCAGAUCUUGGCGACGAACAUCGUUUGUUUCUCCAAGGCUUCAUGUGGAAAAAAAUUUGUAGAGCAGGAGAAGUUAUGAAAUUAUAUAAAGAUUGUCUGAGAAGGGCACAAAAAAGUUGUGAUGCAUCAGAAUUAAGUCAGUUUGUCAACAAAAUCAACUCCCAUAUAAGACCCAUGCAUAUGGAAAUUCGUAAAGGAAUAGAAGAAGAUACUGGUAUAAAUUGUUAUGCAUUAGUAAAUAUGACAAACAGUUCUCUUUCAUGUUUAAGUUCUGAUUAUUCUAUCAGUGAAUUAGAAUUUUUCAAAAAGAUAGUUGAAAUGAUUGUUUUAUCAGAUGAUGGGGUUGCUUCAUCAGUAUCAUUGUUAAAUUUAACUGACGACAUGGUUGAUCAUAAGAUUUCCAAAAAAGAAGCAGAAGAUUUAAUUGAAAGAUUAGUUGCUGAUAAAUUUCUUUCUAAGAAUGAUGGUAUUAUAUCAUUAAGUGUGAGAAGUAUGAUUGAACUGGAUCCAUAUUUUAGAGAAGUUUAUGAAGAGAAUAUUAAAAUUUGCUUGAUGUGUAAACAAAUUGUUUUACAGGGUCAAAUUUGUGCAGACUGUGAUGCAAAACUUCAUUCACAUUGUGCUACAAGGUAUUUCAGGAAUAAAAAUGAAUUGAAAUGUUUAAAUUGUGGUUCUCAGUGGCCUUACAACAUAUCACAAGGUAAUAUUAGAGAAAAUUUUGUGAUCAUCAGUUCAAUAAUAUUUNAUUAUUCUAUCAGUGAAUUAGAAUUUUUCAAAAAGAUAGUUGAAAUGAUUGUUUUAUCAGAUGAUGGGGUUGCUUCAUCAGUAUCAUUGUUAAAUUUAACUGACGACAUGGUUGAUCAUAAGAUUUCCAAAAAAGAAGCAGAAGAUUUAAUUGAAAGAUUAGUUGCUGAUAAAUUUCUUUCUAAGAAUGAUGGUAUUAUAUCAUUAAGUGUGAGAAGUAUGAUUGAACUGGAUCCAUAUUUUAGAGAAGUUUAUGAAGAGAAUAUUAAAAUUUGCUUGAUGUGUAAACAAAUUGUUUUACAGGGUCAAAUUUGUGCAGACUGUGAUGCAAAACUUCAUUCACAUUGUGCUACAAGGUAUUUCAGGAAUAAAAAUGAAUUGAAAUGUUUAAAUUGUGGUUCUCAGUGGCCUUACAACAUAUCACAAGGAGCAUCUACAUCAACACAGAAAUAAUUUUAUUUUUGUAACGAUGUUUAAUUGAUAGUGACUGAAAAACAUAAUAUAACAACAAUUUCUUAAUCUGCAUUGUUGUAUUAUAUAAUUUUUAUUCUGUAAAAAUAUUAUUUGUUACAUGCAAUAAAAUAUAAAUUUUGUA